UUAAAUAUAAAUUAUCCAUUUUCAAUAAAUAUGACAAAGAUAUUAAUUAAAUUAUUCCAUUUUUAUUUAUCCUUGUAUAUCUUUAUUUAUUUCGAUUUGAAACUUAAAAAGAGAAUGAGAACACUAAAAGUUUGGUAAUCAAUAAAGGACUGGCACUGGUUGAUACGACAUACAUAGGCCAUUAGUUGACUAUAGAUAUUCUGAGGUUAUUUUCUGCAAACUAGCUGCUGGGCAUUCAAUAUGUCAACAUGUACAUUGAAAAUCACAUGGAUGUACUUGGAAUGGGCAGGAGGCAAUUGCAGCCAUGGAGUACAGCCGGAGGUUCAAUAUCUUACGUGGAACCAAUACUCCCAAUCCGUAUAGGUGACUAUACUCGUACACAUCAUUUACUGCCAUGGAGACCGAAUGUUGGAUUCGAGAAUACAGAAGUUAUCCCCUUAACUACAAAGUCAAUAUCGAAUUACGCGUUGGACGCGAGUAACAAAAUGAGUACACGGCCGUUGAAAUUUCCAAAUCUAAUUACCGGCUAUCAACGUAAUCCUGUUCACGCGUCACAAGCCGCUCUUUACACGAGAUACACGCCGCACGAAUGGUUUCAGAAACAAGUGAAAUAUUACAACGAGGCAGAUUCGCAGAGGCAUUACUCCGAGAGGAUGCGAAACGAUGCUGUGAGGAUUAUCAGAAAUGCCGAGGAAAAGAUACAACAUGGUCAGUACGAUACCAACCGAAGGCUUGGCGAGCGGAUAAAUGACAUCACUUUCUGGCGUAACGAAGUGGUGGCGGAACUGGAGAGAAUGCUUCAUGAAAUCGAGAGACUCCACGACUGCCGAAGUGUCUUGGAAAAGGCAAUACGAGAUAUCGAAGGGCCUUUACACAUCGUAGAGGAAUGUCUGUAUCACAGAGAAGCUAGAAAAGGCACAGAAUUGGUGCACGAUGAAUCGGAAAAAUGUUUACUACGAGAAGUAGAAAAUUUGCGAACAAAUCAAAAGAAACUGGAAGCCUGCCUGGACAAAUGCAAGGAUCAGUUACGGAACUGCAGAGCUUCGCAGAAUCAACUAGAAAUGGAUUUAAAGAAUAAGGAGAGUGCUCUAGGCAUAGACACUAUUUGUCACCAAUUAAACAAUGCCACUCACGGAUUACAAUAUUAUUCUGGGAUUGAAAAAUACGAUCCAUGUGUUUCAGAGCAAGAAUCCUGGGCAGACGCGGUGAACAGGAUAGUGCAAAAAUCACAAACAGAACGGAACAAGUCUUGUCAAUUACGCACCACUGCCGAAAAUCUUGUUAAUAAAGUUGCUCAAGAAAUGUGGAAUACCUGGAGCAGUACCAACAAUGCUUUAACACAUAGAUCUUCCGAGUUACUUGAGGCUAAAAACAAGCUCCAACAGCAUUUACAAAAAGUGCAACAAGAAAUAUUUGACGUUGAAAAAAAUUUGGAGUUAAUGCGCAAAGCUAUCGCGGACAAGAGUUACGCGACUAAAGUCGCGCAUACGAGGAUGGAAGCGAGGAUGCAUCGUCCCGAUAUGGAAUUAUGUCGUGAUUACGCUUACGCGAGCCUUCAGAAAGAGAUCGACGAGAUAAAUCAUCAGCUUGAGCGAAUGCACAAGUCAUUGAAGGAACUCGAGAAUCAACAUCAGAAACUGCUGCGAACUCGAGCUGCGCUCGAGCACGAUCUUGCCCUUAAAAUUGACGCGAUAUAUAUUGAUAAGGAGAAAGUUUGCGGUCUCAGGCGCGCGUAUCCUGUUAACGCAUUGUUUAGAUUUUAAAGAUAUAUGUAUAUUCUCUGUUAAUGCCGUGCUCUAUGUACGAAUACUGCCAUUUAUGGGAAUGUUCAGUCGCGUGUCAUUCGGAAUGCACUCCUAAAGAAAUUUAGGCUACGUGAUAUCUCCGUAAUUCGAAGAGCGUUUGCAGACAUUUAAUAUAUACAUAUAUAUAUAUAUAUUAAAUAUUUAUUUAUUUGUACAAUUCUAAUAAUUCUAAUAAUUAGGAACAAUUACGCUUUACUUUGUUGAAUGACUUUUGGCGUAGCUCGGUACGGGUAAAUUAAAUCCUGGUUUAGCCUCGAAAAA